AUGCCAGACAAGAAUCAGAUAAAGAUCAGGUUCACUACAAAUGAAGAAGAUGAGAGUUUGAAAGUAGAAGGGACACCUUUGUUUGUGCCUAUAUCGUUGAAAAGAUUUGGUUUAUCUGAAAUUGUAAAUCACUUGCUUGGAAAUUACAAGACAGAUCAAGAAGAAGAAGAAGAAGAACGCAAGCCAAUACCUUUCAACUUUCUCAUCAAUGGAGAGCUUUUACGAACUUCGAUUGAGGACUAUCUUGUACGCAAUGGACUAUCAAGUGAAGCAUUUUUAACCAUCGAAUACACGAGGGCCAUUUUACCACCUAGUUUCCAAGCAUCAUUCAACAACGAGGAUUGGAUUUCAUCUAUAGACUCAAUCAACAAAACAUCAACUGCUGUAAUAGAUUCCCAAUUGACGAUAACUGACCCCAAAAUUUUGAGUGGUUCGUAUGAUGGGGUAGUACGAACUUAUAACAUGUCGGGUAAAGUUGAGAAGCAAUAUGUUGGUCAUUCAGCUCCAAUUAAAUCUGUCAAGUGGAUCUCGCCUACCAGAAUUGUAUCAUGUGGUAACGAUAAACAAGUCAGAUUAUGGAAAACGUCGUAUGAAGGUGUUGUUGAUCAAAAUGAAGAGAAUGACGAAGAUGAAAUUGAAGAUGGAAGGACAUUGGCAAUUUUGGAAGGACACAAGGCUCCAGUUGUUAACUUGGCAGUGAAUCAAAAAACAAAGAGGAUCUUGAGUGCUGGUUAUGAUAAUGCUAUCGGUUUUUGGUCAACUAAUUACAAGGAAAUGGCAAAGAUCGAAAUUCCAGAUUAUGAUUCAAAUGUGGUUUCCACAUCGUCUAAAAAGAGAAGGAAAAUGGCGUUGCAAGAUUCAACUAUUAGACGUCGUUCACCAUUGAGCUUGUUACUGGGCCAUACGGAGCCAGUGGAAGGGGUGAUUUUCGAUGCAUAUGAUACUACAGUCGGUUACUCGGUUUCACAAGAUCACACUAUUAAAACUUGGGAUUUGGUAACUUCUCGAUGUGUUGACACAAGAACAACAGGAUUCUCGUUGCUAUCGGUGUUGCAACUACCACAAGUCAACUUGAUUGCUUCAGGUUCAUCAGCACGUCAUAUCAAUUUGCAUGAUCCAAGAGUUUCAAACACAUCCGAAGUGGUUAAUGCCAAGUUGGUUGGACACACCAAUUUUGUCGUUGGAUUGAGUGCAUCACCACAUAAUGCUAACAUGUUUGCCUCGAGUUCCCAUGACGGAACUGUCAAGGUGUGGGACGUUAGAGCUGAUAAAUCGCUUUAUACGAUAACUAGAGAAGAUGGAUCCACCAAAAAGAAAAUCUUUGAUGUAUGCUGGGACAAUGAAAUUGGUAUAAUAAGUGGUGGUGAAGAUAAAAAGAUUCAAAUUAAUAAAGGAACUGAUAUAGCUAAAUAG